AUGUCUUUAAUGAACGGCCCCAGUGCGGUCCAAAUUAGUCACCCCGAAAUACAUAAGGCUUUCGUUGUCACACUUGCUAACGUUGUGCGUCUGUUCUCUCAGGCCCGCUCUAUCCCUGUUACCAAGGAUGAUGAGGUCAUGGUCGUCCGUGGCAGCUUCAAGGGCCGUGAAGGCAAGGUUGUUCAGGUCUACCGUAAGAAGUGGGUCAUCCACAUCGACCGUGUCACCCGUGAGAAGGUUAACGGUGCCUCCGUCCCUAUCGGCAUCCACCCCUCCAACGUUGUUGUCACCAAGCUCAAGCUCGACAAGGACCGCAAGGCUAUCUUGGCCCGCAAGAGCCGCAAGGAGGCCAUGAAGGAGUAA